AUGCGAAAUGACUUCGAAGGGAUUGCGAGGUACGAUGAGAUUAUCAAGAGAGAAUCCAGGAAAUGUGUGGAGAGCACUAUGAAGGAGAGUAAUUUGACGUACAUCACAAACCCGGAUAAAGUGAGUUGGUAUUUCAAUUCCCUCACCUUCCCCCGCUCAGAUUCGUUUCUGCUCCGGAUACCUCUUCAACCGAACCGCCACCGACGGAGACUGCUCCAUCCGAAUCGCUCGGCUCGCCAAUCGUUGCGAUGCUCUGCGGAGAUGCUGUGAGCCAGCAUCCAGGUACUUUUCCAAAAGUUCCGAGCUCAUCAGUGCUUCUGUCAUUCUGUGAUUUCAGAUGCGAACAGGUUGAGGUGUAUAGUGAAAACGGACGGACUUUAAGUGGAUUGAAAGAAGAAGUGGAGAUCAAAAUGGCAGAAUGUGCACAGCAUGGUACGGUAGAUGUGAAACAUUGCGAAACUUGGCAAUUUCUGUUUAGAAGAAGAAAUCCAUCCUCAUGCGAUUGCCGAACCGAAAAAGCAGAAGAAAGUGCGGAUAAUUGAGUCUCCACCCUUUUCGCUGUGCCUGAAGUAUCUGCAGUGUCAGAAGGAUGCUCAUGACAUGAGAGUGAAUUGUUCGAAGCAGAGUAACGUGAGUUCCGUGUCCAUUCCGAUGCUCUCAACUCUUUUCAGCCUCACUCCGUGGAUGGCCUUGACUCGGACGAUGCUUCCGAUUCCACGUGGCAAUCGUGUCGGAGAUCCCUUGCGGAAGACUUUCAGACGAUGAACCAGCGAAGAAGCGAAGCAUUCGCCUACCUCGAUAAAUGUGUUCCCGUGGCCAAUGUGACUCGCGAGUUUCUGAUCACGGAAAGAGUGUGCAGGGCGAGCGCUCUCAAAGAGAGAAAGCCGCGGAGGGAAGGGAACUGUCAUUUGGAGGUGUCCCGGAAAAGAAAGGAAUGCGCUCUUCUCAGUGACUGUUGUGUGCAAGCGGACGUGUAAGUGAAACAAAAACACAGUUCGGACGAACAGAUGGCAUUUCAGAUGUGAACGGAGUGCCCUGUACGCAGUCAUUUCGGAUGAAUAUCUUCUGCGGAGAACUCAACUCAGAGAAACACUUGACUUGUGCAUGAACAAAGCGAUCGACGAGCACAACUCUGUGCAGAGAUAG